AUGUUCUCAAUCUUCAAAGCUGCUACAGUCCUCGCCCUUGUGGCCGUGGCGUCCGCUGACGACAUCUUGGACUUCUUUAAAGGCACCGAGUCGCUUUGCGAUGCUGAUCAAUCUCAACCAGGCCGCUGUUUGAGCGACGCCCACUUUCCCAAGCUCUACUGCACGGCGUGGCUGUGGGGGUCGGAAGGUCACCUAAUCACCAACAACCACUGUGUCCCGAACGAGAUCAAAGCCAAUCAGACCCGAGUCGAAUUUGGCUCCGAGUGCUCGACUUGUGCCGACCCCGACAAUAAUGUCAAAGGUGCCUGUAUUGGAGCGAUUGUCGCCAACAGCACCACGCUUGUGUUUACCGACAAAUCGUUGGAUAUGACACUGCUCAAGUUGAAUUUGAACCCUGGUGUGAACUUGACCCAGUACGGGUACUUGCAAUCCCGCGCCGUGAACGCCUCGUUGGACGAACAAAUCUACAUCCUCGGCCACCCCCAAGGCAAUCCGAAACGUAUUUCGUACUUGAACGACGACGGCCAGGCUGUCCGCAUCACCAACACGUCCGCGGAAUCCAAAUGCUAUGAGCAAGACACUUUGGGGUACAACGUCGACACGGAGCAUGGAAGCUCUGGCUCCCCCAUCGUGGGCGUCCAUGAUAACGAGGUCGUGGGGUUGCACAACUGCGGGGGUGCGGAAUCAAUGGUCGUAACACCGGCAACAAGAUGACCAGCAUCGUCGCCCUCUUGAAGUCUCACAACUUGUUGCCCAAGGACGCGGUAGCCGAUAACCGCUGCUAAGUGUUUGUUCGGGUUUACUCGUGGUUGAGUGCUUUGUUCGUACUACAGUAACGUAAAAAACCAAUUUAAG